AUGACAUCCAAAAUGGGCACAAUCCAAGAAUUGCUGGCCACAAAGCCUCCCGAAAAUUCACAGAAAACACAGUAUGUGGACACGGUAGAAGCAUACGAUAAAUGGGCCGAGGUCUACGACACAGACGGAAAUUUCCUCCAACGCCUCGACACAAUCGAGAUGCGCUCUCUACUACCCCGAUUCAUUGACCGGGUAAGCAAACGCUUCCAACCAGAGUCAGAGUCAGAGUCAGAGAUCAAGACCAAGACAACCCGCCCCACCCUAGUAGAUCUAGGCUGCGGUACCGGCCGCAACACAAUCCAGCUCCUCUCCGCACUAAGCACAGCCAACAAAGCCAGUUCCUUCUCUGUAAUUGGACUGGAUGCGUCGCGCGGGAUGUUAGAUGUAGCGCGAACGGCGACACGCGAGUAUGCGGCGAAAAGCGCAACGCAGAUCCCGGAAAUUGAGCUAGGUAUCCUUGAUCUCCUUCAACCUGAGGUAUCAAAGACGCAGCUUCCGUCUGGAUUAUACGAGACGGGUGCUGUGGGUGUGAUAUCUACGUUGGUGCUGGAACAUAUUCCGCUUGAGCAGUUUUUCGCCGCUGCCGCGGAGAUUAUGAGGUCUGGUGCAUAUUUGCUUGUGACGAAUAUGCAUGCUGAGAUGGGCAUGCGGAGUCAGGCUGGGUUUACGGAUGAGAGGGGGGUGAAGGUUCGGCCUACGAGUUAUUGUCAUGAUAUUCCUGAUGUUUUGGCUGCAGCUAGAGGGGCUGGAUUUGAGGUUGAAGACGUUGUUGGCGCGGGUGCGGAUGGGGUCAUUGUUAGGGGGGUUGAUGGGGAGUUGGGGGAUGUUUUGGGGGCGAGGGCGAAGAAGUGGGUUGGGGUUAGGGUUUGGUUUGGGGUUUGUUUUGUUAAGGGUUGA